AUGCGCGCCCUUUCCGCGAGCUCCAGCUGGGGCUCCCGCGCCGUCUGCCGCUCGUGCCGCUCGCGCGUCACGACCCCGCUGGUCCGCCGCCGCGCCAUCCACAUCAGCGAGGCGCCGUCGUCGUCAACGCCCAGUUUCGACCAGGACGUCUCCUCCGCCGCAGCCAGCUCCACUCCGGACGCCCGCUUCGAGGUCAUUGGCUCGCCCUACUCGCUAUUGUCCGUGUCGCUGUCGGCUUCGCAAAACCUGUACACCCGCCGCGGCACCCUCGUCGCCGUCAACGGCAAGGUCGAGAAUGCCGUCUCUAGCCUGUCCAUCCUCGAGCCCUUCCGCCGCGCGCCGCUGGGCAUUCCGUUCCUCUACCAGAAAUUCUCCGCGACGAGCCCGAUUACCGCUUUGAUCUCCUCCAAGUCGCCCGUCACAAGUUUCGCUGUCGUACAUCUGGAUGGCCGCCUGGAUUGGCUAGUUGCGCAGAGGCAGGCUUUGUUGGCAUGGACCGGUCACGCGCUUUCUGUGAGGCCGCGCGUGAACACGAAGAUGAGCUUGGCGCACUGGGGUAACUCUCACGUCACCGGCAGAGGUCUGUUGGCUCUGGUCGGCAAGGGUCAGAUCUAUCAGGUUCACCUCAAGGCUGGCGAGGAAUACGUCGUGCACCCGAGCAAUGUCCUUGCAUACACCAUGACUACGAACCCGCCGCUUCCCUACCGUUUCAAGUCGACUUCCCUCCGAUUCCAGGUCCCCAGUUUGACCGGACUCUUCCCGAACACGAAAUUCUUCGAGGAUAUGAGGAAAACGCAGGCGUUCAAGACUUUGGCCCAAUUCCUCUUCACACUCCGCACUUGGACAAGGAGAACGAUAUGGGGUGAUAGGUUGUUCCUCCAAUUCCGCGGUCCCUCCACCAUUCUCAUCCAAUCACGAGCCGGCCGUUUGACCGAUUCCCUUACGACACGUGACGUGAACGAGAUCGCAGAUGUCCCCGCAGGAGCCGUGCAGGAGGCUGUCAAUUUGGAUUUGCGGAAAGAAAGCGGCCACGGGUCGACUACUACGACUGCUGAAGAGGCGGAGGCACCGAAGGAGAAGUUGACAUACGCGCAGGCGGGCUCGGAUGGAAAGUUUAAGAUUGGUGAACAAUCGGAGAGCAAGAGUGCAUAA